AACAUUUCAUACAUGUUUGUUUCGUAAAUUGUCAGACCAUACAGUGUUUGAUACGAGCUUUCAGGGGAUGCACUGGCUCCCUGCACAUGGACAAGUAUGACACUAUACAAGAAAACCGUUCUGUUCUGGUGGUGUACUUUUUGCAUUGGUUGGCGAGGAGCUUGGUCGUUAGCGUCACCUAUCUAUCAGCUGCGAAGGCCGGGCGCUCGCCUUCCUCCGACGCCAAAAUCAAAGCUACGGCGAGAUUACAGUUCAUUGAAUGAUUCUUUCCUUUCCGCUAAUGCAAAAAGGCGACAUGGACGUAAGAGGUAUGGCCCAUUGCAAACCUUUGCUCGCAGUUUUUGGAAGGGUGUCACGUUGCCCUUCCCCGCUUUACGUCGAGUCGUGUUGAUCCCCGGUACCCAACGCAAAAAAGGAACUCGAGGAAACAUUUCCGUGGGAUUAACACUGCGGGAAGGGUUCUUGGCCGUCACAGCCUACCUGGCUGUUGGAGUGCUAGCAUAUUCGGUGGUACUGGAAAAAUGGUCGCUCGUGGAUGCUAUGUACUUUACCUGUGUGUGUUUCAGCACCGUCGGAUACGGUGAUUUGUGCCCCACUAAUACGGCCUCCAAAGCCUUUACAUGUAUUUUUGGAUUGGGUGGGAUAGCAUUCCUGGGAACCGCUGUGGCAACGAUUGGGUCUAGUCUUCUCCAGGCCGAAGUGGACGCCAUUGCCAAAGCACGCGAAAAAAGCAAGGUGCGUCUCAUGAAGGUCUUCGAAAACAUGCCCAAAAAGCUGAACCACUUUCGAACACAAUCGCGAGAAACGCAAAAGCGUGUACUUAAGGACGCUGGCAAAAGCAGAAAAAAAAGAAGGCGCUUCUAUGAAGGGUUAAUUUUUGGAUCUGUCGAAGAAUUAGAAGGUAGAAACAGGAUGCAAUCAAUUCUAAACAUGGUGAUCCGAGUGGUUCCCUCUCUUUCUAUCAUCUUCGGAGGAGGUGCCGCCAUGAAGGUUCUGAAUAAAGGUUGGUCAUGGACAGAGUCUAUUUACUAUUCGUUGGUCACGGCGUCAACGAUCGGAUUCGGAGACUUGUCACCACAAACCCGCCACGCCCGAAUGUUUGCUAUUCUGUACAUUCCCUUAGCUGUAGCAGCGGCUGGUGAUUUACUUUCAGGGAUUGCGUUAUCGUUGGUGCAACGUCGGCAACGCGAAGUUUACGAGCAACAGUUGGAACGAGAUUUGACGAUUGAACACCUGCAUCUAAUGGACGCCGAUGGUGACGGAAAGAUAACACGCGAAGAGUACGUCCAAUUUAUGUUGAUUGAAAUGGGCCGCGUUGAUCAGAAAGAGCUAGACGAGCUGUAUCAUCAAUUUGAGCGAUUGGACGUCACCCGAUCCGGAUACCUUGACAAUGACGAUCUUAAGCUAAUGGCGAAACUUCGUGGAGCGAAGGUAAAGGGGUAA